AAAAAAACAACGAAGUUGCAUGGUUUUAAAUUUAAGCUAUAUUGGCAAAUAAAAAAAAUAAGAAGACUAAACAAAACAAAGCCAGCAUUGUACACCAACUUCAACGUGCUAACCUAGUCUAUCUAGUAGUAGUACACACACGGUUACUUAGUGCGUUGAGUACAAAAUAUACAAAUAUUAGUUCUGUCCAACUUUGUCGACACGUCAUAGCCAUUGUUAUAAAAAGUUACUCUUUUUCCUUAUUUAAAGCUUUAAAGUGGGAUAUUUGUCAAGUAAGCCAUACAGUAUAAUUUUUAUUCUUAACCAUGGAUGAUGAAGCUGAAACUUACAAGCUUUGGAGAAUAAGGAAAACAGUAAUGCAGCUUUGUCAUGACAGAGGCUACCUCGUAACUCAGGAUGAGUUGGACCAAACCUUGGACCAGUUCAAAGAACAAUUUGGAGAUAAACCAAGUGAAAAACGCCCAGCAAGAAGUGACUUGAUCGUCUUAGUAGCACAUAAUGAUGAUCCAACAGAUCAAAUGUUUGUGUUUUUUCCUGACGAACCAAAGAUUGGUAUAAAGACCAUUAAAACCUACUGCCAGCGUAUGCAGGAAGAAAACAUCCACAGGGCCAUAAUUGUGGUGCAAGCAGGCAUGACUCCUUCAGCCAAACAGUCCCUGGUAGACAUGGCUCCCAAGUACAUCUUGGAACACUUCCUGGAGUCUGAGCUGCUUAUCAACAUCACGGAACACGAACUGGUCCCGGAACACGUAGUGCUCACCCCGGAGGAGAAGCAGGAGCUACUCCACAGAUAUAAACUGAAGGAGAACCAGUUAAUGAGAAUACAGGCAGGUGAUCCGGUCUCUCGGUACUUUGGACUCAAAAGAGGACAGCAAUCUGAAAGAGAACAAUUUGCCAAGAAUUCAAACUGGCGAUCCAAUUUGCCGUUAUUUUGGGCUUCGUAGGGGGCAGGUUGUAAAAAUCAUUAGAUCCUCGGAAACGGCAGGACGCUACAUCUCCUAUCGUCUGGUGUGUUAAGCGUAAUACAAGAUGUUGUAAAUAAUAAUUUAAUAAACCAUUUUUACUUUUAGAAAUGUCUUGUUAUAUUAAAAUAAGUGCAUUCAGAA